AUACGUCUAAUUUACAUCCCUUUUACGAAAAAGGGAUGUAGUCCAGACGUAGCCCAUGAGCAAAGAACCACACCACAGGUAGGUUGAGCAGUGUUCUCUUCCGUCAGGAUCUUAAGUGCAGCAACAAUAGUCCCUUUAAAAAUGCCUCCCCCUUCCCUGCACCUGCCCACUGUUGUCUUUUGGCCAAGCAAGCCCAGAAUCCAGCGGUGCAGCUGCAGUUUACUUUGUGCCCUAGGUGCUUGUUAGCGUGUAAGAAGGUUCUUUACUUGUUUUGCUGAUCCCUUCUCGUCAUGGACAGCUCUUCAGCUCCCCUGCCAACUAAUCAUCGCUCUACAGGCAUGCAGCGCUCAGUGAUUCCAGUGUUAGCCUUACUGAUGGUACAUACUGGGAAGGCUCUUGUCCUAAAUGUUCCAAAACAGAGCUAACACUGAGGCCUAGGUAUCAGUGAAUUCAGCUCCAUGGUGCAUAACAAGACUUCCAAUGGAAGGGGGGGGUGUCUAAAUUAACUAAAUUACUCAUAAGGGAGUGGAAAAAGGUCCAAGGAUUGUCUAGACCCACACAACCAGAUACACAUACGUAUCCCACCUGCCUCUUUUCCUACUGAGUUCUGGAAUCCAUGUGUCCUAGCUAGCAAGUUGAGGAUGAGUCCCUCAAUUGGGCUAUGCCAAGUAUACUAUAGUUCUUCUGCCCUGCAUUAUUCACACAAGGAUAACAACACAUUUUUAUUUUUGCCCCAGUAGGAAGGAAACGGGGAGUCCAACAACCAGAAAAAAGAUCAUCAGCAAUCUCCCCAUGGGUGUGUGUAGAUUGCUUUUCCACAGCUCAUAGCUAGAUGUCAGGGGAGCGCUCAUUCAGCACUUCCUUGCAAUGAGAUACGUUCAAUGAACUGAAUGGGAAAGUGCAUAACAUAUUCAACCCUGACAUAUGGGCUGGAAUUCUGGCCGAGCAGAAAGAGAGGAACUAUACUACUGCUGAAAUGAGAAUGCUAACGUAAAUACGCUGGAUGAACUCAACCCUGUAUGAGGAUCUGAUUUAACAUCUGAUCAUGGCAGACGGCAUGGAACAAUUUGUUUGGGAUGUGUGCGUGCUGAAACCCAUUUCAGCUAUAUGAAAACGGGACACGGUCCUCCUGGAACUCGCUUGUGGGAGAUUUCGGAGAGAAUGCGGGAAGAGGGUGAAACAGGAAUUUUGCCUACAAGCUACAGGGCACACUCACCGCGGAGCCAGGUGUCAGCCGGAAAGAGCAGCUAGUGGUAGGACGGAGGAAAGAGCAUUUGAGACAUGAAGAAAGGAGGAGAUUCAAGGAGCAGCCCGUCACAUUAUGCCUCAGGGUGUGUCCUGGCUGUCCUGUCCAGACCAGCCAAGAGUGGGAGAUGAACGCUAUGCUGGGCAGGUAUUUACCUGGAUCCUGUCCACUCCAUUCUCAAUCCCAACAGCAGAUGGAGCGAGGGGAAGAGCUGCAAGUCCCAGGUCUCAGCAAAGGUGAGAGGCUGGCAAGCAUGGCUGGGCCAGAGGAUGCUGCACCAAUAAGAGGUGGCACUAAAACUGGUGUGGAGCUGGCCGGGGGAGCAUGGCACAAAGACCCUACCAUGGGCGCAGAGGAGGCUGCACCAGGAGGCAGUGCCAGAGAGGAGGAGGCUGUGCCAGGGUGCAGCACUGAUGCAGAGCUGGCACAGUGCACAGACCCCACAGUCAGGUGGCCCUUUAAAUGCAGUGAGUGUGGGAAGAGCUUCCGGCAGAGUGCCACGCUGACAAGGCACCAGCUCCUGCACGCGGGUGAGCGGCCCUAUGUCUGCACCACUUGCAGCAAAGGCUUUUGUGACCAUGCGGCACUGGUCACGCAUCAACGGGCACACACGGGUGAGCGCCCCUUCCCCUGCCUGGCAUGUGGCAAAGCCUUUGCUGGCAGCUCAGCACUGCUGGUGCAUCAGCGAGUGCACAGUGGUGAGCGUCCCUACCGCUGCGGGGAGUGCGGGCAGAGCUUCCGGCAGAGCGCCCACCUAGUGCAGCACCAGCAGGGGGCCCAUGCCAAUCGGCGCCCCCAUGCCUGUGCUCACUGUGGCAAGAGUUUUGGGCUGCGCUCCACGCUGGCACGGCACCUGCAGACCCACAGUGCUGAACGCCCCCACUCCUGCCCCGACUGCCCCCGUUGCUUCCGCCAGCGAGCACACCUGCUCCGGCACCAGCUAGUGCACACAGGUGAACGUCCCUUCCCCUGCCCGGUGUGCGGCAAAGCCUUUGCCCUGAGUGCCACACUGCUGCGGCACCAGCUAGUGCAUACUGGUGAGCGCCCCCACCGCUGUGGUGAGUGCGGGCGCAGCUACACACAGAGCUCCUACCUGCGCCAUGCCCUUGCUGGCCAGCGCCCCCACACCUGCCCUGACUGUGGCCGUGCAUUUGCUGACCGUGCCAAUCUGCUGCGGCACCAGCGGGGCCACACAGGCACCCGACCGCCUGCCUGUGCUGAGUGUGGGCGGCGCUUUUCUCAGUUGGCACACCUGCGGGAGCACGGGCGCACACACAGCAGAGAGCAGCCGUUCUGCUGCAGCCAGUGUGGCCAGGCCUUUGGGCACCGCUCAGCACUGGCUGCGCACCAGCGCACACAUAGUGGGGAGCGUCCCUAUGCUUGCGCCCAGUGUGGGUGCCACUUUGCCCAGCUGGCCAGCCUGGUGGAGCAUCGCCGGCGGCACACAGGCGAGAAACCUCAUGAGUGCCCCCAGUGCAGAUGCUGCUUCCGACACCGCUCGGCCCUGCUCCGCCACCAGCGUUCCCAUGCUGGGGAGCAACCCUUCCGCUGUGGGGAGUGUGGGCGUGGCUACACCCGCAGCUCCAACCUCCUCCUGCAUCAGCGGGUGCAUGCUGCUGAGUGACAUUCCCUCCCUGAGGACAGUCACAGGCAUCCGAUGACUCCCACACCCCUAUGCUGGUCUGAUCCAGUCCUGCCCAGAGGCCACUGCCCAGGAGUGUGGAAGCUGGGCCAGGUGACUCAGUUUGCUGAGUGUGAGUAAAAUUGUUGCCAGUAGCCAUAGCUUCUCCAGGCCCAAGUGGCAGACAUGGAGCAGUGCUUCCUGCAGGAUGAGGCUUAGGGAAUGGGAACUGUAUCAAGGCAGUGCCUGAGCCCCAU